AUGCCACAACGCCGUUGCACACAUAUAAACAAAAUAACAUACACGAUUCUACCACAUACCCAUGAAGCAGGCGGAUAUCUCGGGAAGGGCGCGAUGGUCUUCGUGGCGACAUUGCUUGGGAGCUCGCUCUUGAUGCCCCUCUUCAGCCGCUGUUUCCUUCUCUCCCGCGAUUUCGCUCUUAGCAUAAGAGCUGCCUGCAUACUUGCCAGUUUCGUGGCCGUGUGGGAGCGCGCUUACAACGCAGCUCAGAAAAGCCCCGACGCGCAGUCAAGCAAACGAACACUAGACGAUCCUCCGUACAGUCCG